UCUGACGUCACGCUGCUGAAUGAACCUGACAAGCUUGGUAUAAAAGUCGGGUUUGGAUCCAAUGUCGAGAGGACGAUCUAGUGUUCAAAGUCAUAAUUGCCAGCACCUUGAGUGAGUGAAUAUGCUGCCGCCGGUCCAUUCUCUAUUUGUUCCAGUGCUAAUUCUUCUCACUGUUAAUACUCUGGCCUCUUAUGGAGCCAAGUGGACAUAUACUGGUCCAGAUGGGGAAGAUCACUGGGCCCAACACUACCCCUUUUGUGGUGGGCCGUUCCAAUCCCCCAUCGAUAUCCAGACCCCUCUCCUGAGGUACGAACCUAACCUGGCACCAAUUGAGCUACGGAACUAUGACCUCUCUCAGAAUGAACAGCUUACCCUCAGCAACAACGGACACUCAGUGCAGCUGUCCCUGCCCUCCAGGAUGCACAUCUCCAGCCUGCCCAACCGCUACUCGGCCGCCCAGCUGCACCUCCACUGGGGGUCGCUCACCCUGCUGCCCGGCUCUGAGCACACCGUCAAUGGCAAGCAGUUCCCUGCAGAGCUGCACAUUGUGCACUUCAACUCCGACAAGUACCCCAACGUGUCCAUGGCUGUGGAUAAGUCAGAUGGCCUGGCUGUCCUGGGGGUUCUGAUUGAGAUUGGUGAAUUCAACCCAGCCUUUGAUCACUUCCUGAAAUUUGUGAAAGGCAUUAAAUACAGAGAUCAAAAGAUUCAGGUCCCGGCCUUCAACAUCAGAGAGCUCCUCCCACCUCGUCUGGAUCAGUACUAUCGCUAUGACGGCUCUCUGACCACGCCCCCGUGCUAUCCCAGUGUGCUCUGGACUGUGUUCCGCAGCCCUGUCACCUUCUCAGUCCAACAGUUCCAGGCCCUGGCGUCCGCCUUGUACUCCUCCAGUGUACAGGAGUCUGCCCCAGUGCUUCUGAACGGGAACUACAGGAAGCCGCAGCGCACGGACAACAGAGUCAUUCUGGUGUCCUUCCAGGAUGGACGGGCGCUACAUGGCAUCCCGAAAGCGGCCACUGCCCUGCAGCGGAGACAGGUCAUCCAGAAGCUGCUGGUGGGUGACCUGGCAGACCUGGCGGACGAGGGCCUGAACCAGCUGCUGCCCGCCGCCAGCCCCAAGCCCCGGACCGCCGGCAAGCGGAAAAACACCAGGAAGAGCCAGCGCACCCACGCUCCAGGCGUACACAAGCAGCGCUGGCAGCAAAACAACCUGCCCAGCGACACCACCGGUGGCCAGGGCGGCAGGAACGCCUACGCUCCCACCACAGGGUGGCAGAAGGGCGCGUACGGCGGGCAGCACGUGGGUAAGUACGGCGUGAGCGAGGCGGCACUGUGCUACGGCGCGCUGGCAGAGAAGACGGAGCGGCAGCUGAGGGGUGCCCACGGCCAGGGCCAGCUGACGCAGGUGCUCCGCAAGUCCGUCUUCCCCGAGCUCAACCUCCGCAGCUACCUGGCCUGCAGGUCCGAGCUGGACCUGGAGACCAUCCGGCUCCUGCUCCGCAGGCGGCCCAGCGACGAGGCCAACGAGCUCGACCACUCGCUCACCAUGGCAACUGCGGGUCGCAAGAAGAGGCCGGUGGUUUCGGAUCGGGCACUGUCCAGAGCCACGACCAGGAGACCAGUGCGGUACUCCCAGUCAACAGUUCGCAAAAACAACGCCAACAACAACAACAUCUAUAACAACGCCUAUAACAACGCCUACAACAAUGCCCACAGACACAACCGAAUCCAGCCCUUGGAAUGGGAAGAUUAAAGUGCUAAGAUGCCACAGGAACUGAAAAGCCACUGUGAGCGUUCAGAAAUGCUCUUCGGCACGGAGGACUCUCCUGCCACGUUUAAAGCACAGAAAGACAUGCAUGAGCAGCAAAGGGGUUAUGUCUCACGACCCAAUAGCUAAAGAUCUAGGUUAAUGCUUAAUGCCGAUAUUUCUAAAUGUAUUUCCUCUAGCUUGCAUUGGGGUGGUACAGAAUGUGUUGGACAAUUCUCUUUUUUUCAACAGCUAAUUGAGGGCAACAUUGCAUAACGGUCACUUUUCAGGAUAUGGGAGCUUUUCUUGACCAAGGCAUUCCAGUAGACCAGAGGUCUGUUCCAAACAUUAUAGGGCCUUUGCGUGGGUAGCUUGAGUUUAAAUAUGUCAUGUGAUGAACACAUUUACUGGCAAGGAAAUUCUGUCUAAGUUUAUUGGGAAAAGUUGAGCUCUUUGUCAUGGUAAUUAUAUAUUGAAGUGGUUGAAGGGUGGUGCAAAGUGGACGAUGGCAGCUGGCAGCUAACCCUAAAAAAGACAGUCCAUAUGUACUUUGACAUUCCUGUAGUUAGCAUUGUUUGUAGCCAUUAUGGGUUUGGGUUUGAUUUACUCAUUUAAGGCAAACCAAAUUGGAUUUGACACAUUUUUUUCAAUGUGCUUGUUACCAUUGGUAAAAAUAAAACUGUUACAUA